UUCCCCUUUAGCACACUGAUGCGGAUCAAUCGAUGGCGCCGGAGCAACCACCUGCCCAAUGCGAUCCGAACUCCCGAUCGCCUGGGCGACUACUUAGUGGCCUUGCGCAAUGAUUUCGUGACGGCAAACAGCUCUUGUCGUCGCGGUCUGAAUCUAUCCGGCGAACUCAGCGCCUAUGAGAAGGAGACGCGAGUGCUGCUCAAGCUGGCGUCGACUGGACGCGUCGUGGACAUUCUUCUGCGCUUCGGUCGCGUGGUGGAGUCAUAUAUGGAAGUAUUGAGCAUUGAGAUGACGGAGGAGAUCCGACAGUGGAGGGGGCAGCUGGACCUCGAGCGUCGAGAGCGUGUGGAGCUCUUUCGAGACAUCCUCAACGAUGAACAGCGAUUAAUUGAAGCCAUGGGCGACGAGACGCAGCAGAUGGAGCUUUUAACGCUGCUAAAAUAUGGCUUGACCCACUACGAAAAGUUCCUAAUACCCGAGGAGCUCGACGUCAUCUCGGACGUCUAUGAUCGGGUCGUGAGUUAUUCUGAUUUUAUGCUAGUCGGGGAUCCGCCAAGCUGGUUUUUGUCACCAAGUGACCUGGUGUGUGACCAGGGGGGCAUCUACUACUUGGACGCUGUCCGAGUCAGCAAGUGUGAGACAGGAGAUAUCCUAAGAGACCGUGGAGGGGACCAUCAAAGCUGGGAAGACGAGGAAGAGGCGUGUCUGCGCCAGGCUACGGUGUGGGCAGAUCUGAACCACCCUCAUGUGGCGAAGAUGCUGGGUGCGUGUCAUAUUGGUAAGGAGCCAUUCGUCGUGCACGAACCGGCGGAACCUCUUAUAUCGAAUCGAGCAAACGCACAGUCGUGGGAACCUCUGCUUGGCUGGGCACUUGGACUCCAGUAUCUACACGAACGUGAGCUUGGAUACAAAAACUUUGACGAUAACAGACUACUGGCUCGUCAUCAUGUUACUGCUAGUGGAGUUCUGAGUGGAUUGGGGCUCGUACCUGUUAAAAGGAGAGUGUCGGCCUCGUUACAGCGAGGCGUGUCGAAUAUGUUUAAUAUGCGGGAUUUGGCUGCAACGCUCCCACAGAACCACGAUGAUGCUCACGUGCAUGGGCUGCAUGUGCCUACGUGGAGUGUACCGAACGACAUUUUUGCCUUUGGAUUGGCCAUCUACAACACUCGUCGAUGGGUUUCCAUGUACAGUGAUGAAGAAGCUCAAGUGCUGCCACCUGAGCGCCCACAGUUCUUAAACGCACAUGAAUGGGACUUAGUUGAAAGAAUGUGCGCGAGGAAUCCGCAAAUGAGAGCCAGUAUGUGGUAUGUUGUGCAUCAACUUCGAUCGCUCGUCAAGGAAGCAGAACAAGAAGAUUUGAGUGAGGCAAGCGCACAAGCAACUUAUAUACCUCCAGAAGAUAUUGACGACUUUAUCGUGCCGACAAUGAAUGAAAAGGUUGCGAAGGCAAUGCCUCGUCUAGAGAGGAAGUGCCAGGAGAUACAAGGGUCUAGCGAAGCAAUGCUGCAGCACGUGGUUGACCGUUUAUCUGGUGUCUACGCGCAGCUUCAAACACGUGAAAAUGUCAGGGAUGCCAUCACUGUUAUGGAAGGAUUUGUGGGAGUCUUGGAUCUGUUCUACGAGAUGCUUACACGACGUGAUCUCGGAAAGGAACAGUCGAGUACAAGCGUGGUCGCGAGUUUCUGUGCAUCACGAGCUGCAGCGCAGAACGUCGCUAUCUUCCAUCACGAGAUCGAUCGUCUACUGACACUCACUGAGCUGGGCAAUGCGUCGUCAUCUGCUCCUACCCACCCGACGCUGGCUGAUAUUCGUGAAGACUCGACCGACUCCAUUGACAUGACCCCCGACACUCAAGAUAUUCACGACUGGCAGAUCAAAUGGAACAAACUACGCCGCGAGCAGCUUCGUGCCUUUCAAGCUUGCCUCAAGAGCACAGAGGAAUUACUGCAGCAGCUGAGCGACCCCAAAGACAGGCUUGAAGCACAAAUGUUACUUCAAUUCGAGCUGCACAAACGUCGAAGCUCGUAUCCGAACUCUGUUUUGGACGCUAUGACACAGGCUCUCAAGGUAUUGGGGACGGUAGGUGGCGGUGCUGAAAGAGUUCCUAGCUGGUUCAUUCCUCCAUACGAGGUGGUCUUGGGUAAGUUCAUUGCCCAAGGUGGCUUUGGAGCUGUGUAUUACGGCAAAUGGUUCGAUACAGACGUCGUCGUAAAAAUCCUGAAGCCACAGACUCCUGUAAAAUCUACAGGAAAGAACCCUUCGCCACCAACAAGCAAUAGCGGGACCAGUGAGGAAGAUACGAUGGCGUUGUUUCGACGUGAAGCGGACCAUUGGUUUAUGCUGAACCACCAGAAUGUCGUCCAUCUCUACGGAGCGUGCCAUGUUGGAACUCCGUUCUUCGUUUGUGAGCCGGCCAAGUCGAUAUCGCUUAACUCUCACGUGGAAUCACUUGCACGUGCAAGACCCGGUUAUAACUUUGAAGAGAGAGGAGCUGAUCCGUCCGAUAUCAUGCGCUGCCUUCUGCUAGCAGGGAUCGGUCUAAAGUACCUGCACGAACGUGGUAUUGUCCAUUGCGACCUGAAAGGGAACAACUUCAUGGUAGGCACAGACGGCAAGACUAUCAAACUCGGAGACUUUGGAAUGAGCGUCCUGAAGCGGUCAGGCAAAGGAAGACACACAGCCCACGCUAAUGUUGGAGCAGUGCCAUGGAAGGCUCCCGAGUACUUGAAGGGUGAAGACCCCACCGUGAUGUCGGACGUUUACGGCUUUGGGAUGUGCAUCUUAGAACUUUUCAGUGGAAAAUUUCCAUGGGCUGGUACUCUUGAAGUUGCUGUGAAGUUCCAUGUGACCAAGCGGAAAAUCCUCCCGCCUCGUCCGAAGAAGUUAACCAACUUUCAGUGGAGCCUAAUCGAGCACAUGUGCUGCUACGAGGCAAACAAGCGUAUUAGCCUAGAUGCCGUCGUGGACAUGUUGCACACCUUCCGAUUCUGGAAGUAAUGGAUUGGUCUUGAUUGUUUAAAACAAAACAUCACACCGUUUGUUCAACCCAAGCUUUAUCUGGUGGUUCCCAGCGUGGAAAUUCCAGGUACAUUUCGACAGCACAAAGUACCGCUAUUUUUCACAUGAAAUUGUACUCGAUGUUUUUCUUUUCAUUUGAUUGGUUGCUCACUUCCACUGUUUUUUUAAACAUUUUUUUAAAUUAUAAAACUGAAUACAGAC